AUGUCGACAAGCACCAGCAUCUCCUUGCUGGAAGAAGAGAAAGUGCCGGGCUACGAUCCCAGUAGCUACUACUCCGCACGGGUCGGGCAAACCCUUCACAGGAAAUAUCGUCUCGUUUCAAAGCUCGGAUGGGGCAGUGUGUCGACGGUUUGGCUUGCCCGGGUAGAAUCGCGGUGGCCCUGGCGCAAGCAGCGCUACGUGGCGCUGAAAAUCACAAACUGCUCGCCCGUGGCCCGCGUGGCCGCGCAAAAGGAGCUCGAAAUCUCCAAGCACAUAUGCUCCAGGUGGACACUGCACGAGGGCAAGCAGUAUGUCCGACGGGUGCUCGACUCGUUUGAGAUCCAAGGCCCUGGGGGGACACAUCUCUGCCUGGCCUUUGAGCCUCUCCGCCAACCGCUCUGGAUGCUGGGUCGGCAAAUCCGUCCGAACGGCCUUGUCCCCCCUCACAUUCUCAAACCCUUGCUUCGGAGUGUUCUCAGAUGCCUGGACUAUCUGCACACAGAGUGCCAUGUCAUCCACACGGACCUCAAGGGAGACCACUUCAUGCUUCCCUUUGAACAAGACCCUGCGGUUCUGGAAGACUAUGUUCGUGAGCAGCAGGUCCAUCCUGCAGUGUUUGAAGAGCGACGUGGCCGCUUCGUAUACGAAUCCCGGCCGGACUUUGGCCGCCUGAGAGAUGGUGUGGGUUUUGUCAAGCUGACGGACUUUAGCACUGCCGUUCGAGGCGACGUGUCCGCCAAGUACUAUCAUGAUAUCCAGCCUCUUGAGUUUACUGCCCCAGAGGUUAUGCUGCAAGCAGGAUGGAGCUACUCUGCAGAUAUCUGGAACCUAGGCGUCGUGUUGUGGGAGCUUCUGGCUGAAGUCAGCGUUUUUGAUGGAAAAGUUCCUGGACGUCCUGAAUUCUCCUACCUGACCCAGUUCGCUCAGAUGAUCCGCCUUCUAGGACCGCCGCCCGCCGACCUUAUCUCUCGAGCUGAUAAAGAGAUAUACUCUCUUAUUUAUGACGACCAAGGUCUGUUCCGGCAUCCUGAACUCAUCCCAGGCGAAGACUUUAAUUUUUCUAGCAUAACAACCAUGUUUGAGGGAGAAGAGCAGAUGCUGUUUAUUAAAUUUGCCAAAAGGAUGCUCAAGUGGGUGCCAGAGGAGAGAAGCACCGCCGAAGAGCUGCUUGAUGACCCUUGGUUUCAGUUUAAGACGCAUAGCAUCCAUUGA